UUGAGGACGACCUGUGAUGGCAGCAGAGAUCCCACUUUGAGAUUCUCCUCUCAGAUCGAUCAGCCUCACAUGCUCCGCUCUCCUGGACCACUUUCUAGAACCGGGUCUCGGUAGUUGUUGCUGGUUCUGUCCCAGCCGCCUGGUUUGAUGUGAUCCUUCGUGGCGUCGGUUAUUGGCUCCCAAACUUUUCGGACUCGUCCGACUUUCAGACAGCGCACUCGGCGUCUUCGGUGCAGGCAGGAAAGCUAACAGGCUAAGUGUUAGCCUCAACCGGCUCCGGACUCCCGAUGCCGACGAUGCUGGAGAGGAACUCGGAGGCUCCGGUGAAGAAGAGGGGCCGGGCCCCGGCCAGCAGCGGCAGCGGCUACCCCGGAGCAGCGGCGAACAACGGCAGGAAGAACUUGUCCGGUAACGAGACCAGCACCAUCAGCUGCUGGGAAGAAGGAAGUUCAGGCUCCAGCAGCGACGAGGACCAUGGUGGAGGAGGGAUGCGAGUGGGACCGCAGUACCAGGCCGUGGUUCCGGACUUUGACCCGGAUGUUGCCAAGGCAGCUCACCUCAGAGACAACUUGGGGAUGCUGGUUUGGAUCCCCAGCAGCUGCCUGAACCAGACUCAAUUGGACGAGUACAUUGCUAUCGCCAAGGAGAAACACGGCUACAACAUGGAACAGGCUCUGGGGAUGCUCUUCUGGCACAAGCACAACAUUGAAAAGUCUCUGGCUGACUUACCAAACUUCACUCCGUUUCCUGAUGAGUGGACAGUGGAGGACAAAGUCUUGUUCGAGCAGGCCUUUAGCUUCCACGGGAAGAGUUUCCACCGCAUCCAGCAGAUGUUACCUGAUAAGUCCAUGGCCAGUCUGGUGCGUUUUUACUACUCCUGGAAGAAAAGUCGCAGUAAAACCAGCAUGAUGGACCGACAGACCCGGAAACACAGGCGGGAACAAGGAGACAGUGAUGAAGAAGUGGAGAAUGGGACUGUAAAUCCUUCCAGCGACUCAGAGAUGGACUUAAAUAAAGACAAGAAGGAGCCGACUUCUGCAUCAGAGAAAGUAGAAGUGAAACCAGCUUCCAGUCUGAAGAUAGGUGGGAAGACAUCCCAGCGAAUGAAGAAACGCCCUCCCAGAGGAAUGUUUCUGAAUCAACAGGACGUCGUUUCUCUGUCCUCUACAACUGCUCAGGGACUCACAAGACAGCUGGACGGUCAGCUGGUGUCCAUAAAGAGACAGAUUCAGACCAUCAAACAGACAAACAGUGCUCUGAAGGAGAAACUUGGCUCUGGAGUCGAGGAGUUCAGGCAACCUGAGGCAAACCCGAAGUUCAAUAACCGUUGGACCACAGAAGAGCAGCUUCUUGCUGUCCAAGCUAUCAGGAAGUAUGGACGGGACUAUCAGGCCAUUUCAGACGUGAUUGGCAACAAGUCGGUGGUCCAGGUGAAGAACUUUCUUGUGAACUACCGAAGAAGGUUUAACCUUGACGAGGUUCUCCAAGAGUGGGAAGCAGAACAUGAAAUGGAAGGUGGAGACGUCAAAGCAGAGGAUGAUAAAAUGAUGGAGGAAAACAUGAACGCCUGUGCAGCGGAAGAGGAUGAGGCUGCUUGUCAGCCGAAAAAGGAGGACUCCUCUCUUCCCAUGGAUUCAGAGUAGCCCCUGGCCUGCUGAGAUGCCAGCUGCACACCUGGCCCAGCCUCUUGGAGGAUUUCCUUCUUUAAUAGUUUCUGUUUAUUAUUUUAUUACUCUGUUUUUCAGUGUUACUCCUGCUUGUGUUUGUCAUGAAGUCAUCCCCAUCCUCAAUGGACCAAUCAAUAUUUCAGCCAUAAAUUACAUUCGGAAGAAGGUUGUUUUAUUUUUGUUUUUUGUUUUUUUUGUCACAUAACUGUUGAUUUUACUUUUUGAAUCCUUUUUAUGUUUGUGUUUUUGGAUCCAAGGUGCAGAAAGAAAGUUGGAUGAAGGUUGGGUUACAGGGAGCUUGUAAUGUCUUUAUUAUCUUAUUGUUUUUAAUAUUUUCUUCUUAGAAGAAAAUACAAUAAAACCAAAGUUUAUUAAGAAA